AUGGCACCCCCCAGGUCUCGACUGAUCUUGCACGAAACGGACGAAGCCGAAACCCAGACCGCCGUCUUCGUGUACACUGAGAAUGCGACCAAAAAUGGCGCGUCGAGAGUCGACAUUUCGCCUGAUUCAAAGCACCCACCUUCGUGGACGACGAACAGUCUGAUCGCUACGCUCGGUGAGGUCUUUCUACCUGCCGGGUACCCGAACAGUGUGACAGACGACUAUCUACCAUACCAAAUCUAUGACUCCCUUCAAGCCUUCUGCAGUUCCAUCGCCGGCCUGCUCGCAUCCCGAGCAGUUCUUCAAGGCGUCGGCGUUGGUAACGCAGAAGCAUCACCCACCAGCGCCCUCCUCCUGCACAUCCUCCAAGAGACCUCCGGACGGAUUGCAACCAUCCUCUUCGCGCACCGGGUAGGCACAAUUAUCGAGCCAGAAUGCAAGACCUACCGAUUCGCUGCGGACAUCUUCAACGAUCUUGGCAUGUUCCUAGAAUGUCUCUCACCCAUGGUCCCCGCAGGGUCGAUCCGCGUCAGCGUGCUCAGCACAGCAGGUAUCCUAAAGGCGCUCUGCGGCGUUGCAGGCGGCAGCUCGAAAGCAAGUCUCAGCGCGCACUUUGCAAAGUGGGGAAGUUUGGCUGAAUUGAACGCUAAAGACUCGUCUCAGGAAACGGUCAUUUCGCUGCUGGGUAUGCUGGCCGGCUCCCUCAUCGUCCCCCGCAUCACCGGCUUCAAAGCAACCUGGGGCGCCCUCAUUAUGCUUCUAUUCAGCCACUUAACCCUCAACUACCUCGCCGUCCGCUCCGUGCACAUGACAUCCCUAAACCGACAGCGAGCAAGCAUAGUCUUCUCUUCACUCCUGGAAAACGAUAUCGAACCAUCCGCAGAGACCGAGACAGUUCCCAAGAAGAUCAACCACAGCAAGCACCUGCACUUCCCCACUCCGGCCGAAACAGCCCACAAAGAACGAAUCUUGUUCAAGGGAACUCCCUUCUUCUGGAACGCACCUGCCACAUACACCUCCUCCACUUUGACGACGCGCGAAGACCUCGGCUCGGCCGAAAUUGGUGUCUCACUUUCAACGUUCUUCUCCCACGCCUCGAUGAGAAAAGUAUCGGGCUCAUUCGAAACGAACUUCCCACUGAACCGUCUCGAAGCAAUGUUCAAAAACGAACAUUACCUCCUCUACCUCUUCUCAGACUCAGACCAAAACACGAGCCAGGCCCACGCGUCAAUACUACUUAAGCAAAACGCGAAGCCUCGGGAUCAACUGAAGGCGUGGUGUCAUGCUUUACUCGUCGCACAUGCAAUCUACCAAUCCAGCAAGAACAAAACCAAGAGCAAGGACUUACUCGAUGUGAAGGAGGCAGAAUAUUCUCCCGGUAAUCUUCGUGAUCAGACUGUCGUCCUGAACUUCAUUUCUGCCGCGCUGGAAAGACUCAACGACAAGAAUCGGUUCAAGGGGUACCUUGCUGGACUCGAGGGUGUUGGUUGGGAUGUUGAUGCAUCGGGGUUGGAGGUGAAGGGUGGGAAGAGGGUUGUUUUUAAGGUUGAUGAGGCGUAG